GGGUGGGGUAGGUGAGACAUUUUUUCUUGUUUUUCGCCUGGAACAGAGACAACAUGAUGGGAUUGGGUGACUUCCAUGCUUCAAGCAGAUGGUUUCGUAGCAAAGUCCCACUGGCAUAGACCUCAGAUAGCAUUACGAUCAGAAAAAGAUGAGACUAGAAGAGUAACGCUCCCAAAAUGGAAAGUAUUUGUGGAUAAGGCUAGAAGAGCAAUGCGAUCCGGGACUGUCUGGGAGUUCACAAAGCCCGAGUUGUGAAAAGCGGGUCUGGCUUUAGCUUCGUAAAAAGGUACAAUCAAAGCCUGGGAAAGCCUAGGUUGCAGCGUCCCAGCGUUCCAGGGUUCUGGAAUGUGAAAUUGCUAGAAGGAGCAGGAACAACGUAUGGCUUCCAGCGUCCAGAAACACGUAUGGCCUGCCCGUCCAGACCACGUUGGAAGAUGAGGGCUAGUGGAGGUGGCCGGCUUUAGAGUUGGGCUUUUGGGAAGCCAAGUGAUGUUGCAACGUGCUCAAUGAAUUGAGUCCAAGAAAGCAGGCCCGGUGGCAGAGAAAAUAGCUGAUGUCUUGAGACCUAUACGUAUACCUAUGCCUAAAUUGAUGCUUAUUUGCCUGUCUUUCCUUCCAAAUACCAUAGGCUGGCGGGAGGCUUACCCGAAAACCCGAAAGGCACUGGAUGGUCGUUCACUGAAACCAGGCCUGAUGUAAUGAACAAGGACUGCAGCCUUGGUGCCUUUGAAGCUCACACAUGCGUGGGGUGUUGGUAUGAGACGGUGUGAACCUCCUUUCCUUUUUCAAGUGUUGUUGCACUGCCAGCAAGGACACCCCAACGUGUGACCGUGGUCGUCUGAGACCGGCGGGUCGUUGAGCAAGGUUAAUUUUUCUUGCUGGGGGCCUUGAGAGGGUGUGUUGGCACAAAUGGGCAACUCUUUAAGACACUCCUUGGACUAGACGACUUGGAGGCGAUGUUAUCACAGUGAACAUGCAAGAAACCUGAGCCAAGUCUGAUUCUUUCUGCGCACGUUUAGAGCAUUCUGUUUCUGACCACAACCCAUCAGGAGAUGGUCCGCGAUCCACAAUCUGCUGAGAAGAGCCCUGCUUUUGAGGUUGACAUGCAGGACCUGCCGGCGGAACAAAGGUCCUCGGAAGAUAUCUAUUGGGAAGCACUUUGGAAAGCCACCAAAGAUAUGAUGCGAGAUGUCUCGGCUGAGGGUGCCCCACGACUGGAGAUGGAGCUGCUUCCGGAGAUCCCGGGGUCUUUGGACAUGCCCCUUCCCUAAAAGAGCAGCAGACCGUCCCGUCUCAGACGUGUGGUUGAAGAUUCCGGGAGAUCCACUUGGAGCCUUGCUCCCGGAGAUUUAUAUCAUCUAAACUUGGCUGACAAAGGCUGGGGUCCUUAUCAGUCUUUUGAAUGGCACGGAGAUGUGCUUGCAGCCCAUGGCCAUUGUUUGACCAGGCUUGCAUACCCCCAAAAUUGGGGGGUCGUUGCAUUUAUUUUGGACUUACGUUGCAUGGGAUUCCUGCCAAAGCAGGAGAUCCCAGGCAGCAAGAUGCGGCUGAAACUUGGUGGUUCUGGUGCCCAAGACUGUUUUCAGC